UUGUACCAAAACAAAAUUUAAUCAUUAAAUAAUAAAUUUAAAUUUUUUUCCCUUUAAUAUGAUUCUAAAAAUGUGAAUUACUUAGCAAUUUUUUUGUUCUAAUUGGGUUAGAAAAAUUGUAUCCUGAAAAAUGCAAUGUCCCAGCAACUUAUUUAGCAUUUUUCUUUAUUUUUAUAUUAUAUAAUAUGACUUUUAAGUUAAAAUUCAGGGUUCUUACUAUCUUCCAGUGUUUCUAAAUAUCAUUCCUUGCUGUUUUUUUAAAAUUAGUUUUCAGUAUUUUUAUCUCUUUUAAAGAAAAUUUGUAUGUCCCAGAAAUUUGUCUCCUGUGUUACCUCUAUUUUAUUUUUAAAAUUUAAACUAGAAAUACUUAUAAAAAAGUUGGCAACAGUAACCACUCAUGCACUCCUAUGGUUUUAGUGUUCUUUUUAGGCAGCCAUUUUUUCAGGAAAUGAAAUUUGAAGAAUAAAUUGGACAAUUAAGGAUUUUUGAGAUAAUGCCAUUAACAGCUGCAGAGAAACAACGCCGUUAUAGAGAAAGAAGAAAACUAGAUAAAAAUAAAGAAGAAGAAUGUAAGUUAAAGGCUCGUGAUAGAUAUCAUAAGACAAAAAAAUUGGCAAAUGAUAUGUCAGCAAGAGAACAUAGAUUAGCAAGAAAAAAGUGGCGUACAAAGAAAGCAAAACAAAGACAGCGCAUAAAGCAAAACAGUUCACCACUUUUAACUUCAAAUGCAAAAAAAGAGUUAACUGGCAGUGCAAGGAAAAAAAUGAGGCGGGAUAGAACAAAACUUUAUAAGGAAAACAUAAAUCUUAAAAUAGAAAAUAAAAAAAUUAAGCAAAAGGUAGAAAAAUUAAGAAAAAGGGUGUAUAGAGCAAAGAUUAGUAAUAGAUAUGAAGAUUGUAAUUUAACUCCACGCUCUAAAACUAAACAAUUUAUGAGAACAAAUUUUCCUGGAAUUAAUACACCUGAAAUACAAAAUGUUUCAACACAACUUUUUAAAUACAAUGCUCUAACACAUUGCAUGUCAUCACAGUACAAAAGUCUACGAGAAAGAAACAAGAAAAAAAUUUUAAAGAAUAUUGUGACUAAUAAAGUGAUAAAAAAGUACAGGUUGAUGAGAAAAAUUGCUUCAGAAGCUUUAGGUUUGAAAUCCAAAAUUCGCAAAGCCAUUCAACAAAAAAACUAUUCAAUAAAAAAUAAAAGUAUUCAAGAUUUUUAUAUAAGAGAUGACAUCAGUAGAGCAACUGCAGGAAAGAAGGAAACUGUAACUAAGUAUUCAAAAAAGAAUCAGAAAAGAUACCUUUUAGAUACAAUAAAGAACUUACAUAAAAAGUUUCUUGAAGAAGGUGGAAAGUGCUCGUAUGCUUCUUUUGCUGCAAAUCGUCCCUUUUAUGUUUUGUCACCUUCAGUUGACACACGAAACACAUGCUUAUGCAAAUUGCACAGCAAUGUAAAAUUUAAAAUAACUGCCCUUAAAAAAAUAGAAAUAAUUCAAACUAAUAACAUUAGCGAUCUAAUUGAAGCGACAGUAUGCAGCCCUGAUUCAAAAGAUUGCAUGUAUAAAGCAUGUCCAUCUUGUUUCAGAAAGAAAGUUCCUCUCAAUGAAAUAAAUACAGAUGCACAAGCAGAAUGGAAUGAAUGGAAUUAUAAAAGUGAGAUGUAUGAAAAAGAGGGAAAGAAACUAAGUGUUAAAAAGGUUUCAAAAAUGUUUAUGACUUCUUCAGUUUCUACACUAACUAGCAAAUUCAUCAAAGAAUUCGACCUCUACAAAAAACAUGUUUUUAAUAUCCAAAAACAAUAUGAAGCUUACAGAGACUGUAUUGAAAAUCUGAAACCUAAUGAAGCUGCAAUACAUGUGGAUUUCAGCGAAAAUUACAACCUUAAAUUAUCAGAAGAAAUACAAGCCCACCAUUACGGCGCAUCACAAAAUUCAAUAACUUUACACACUGGUCUUACAUACUGUGGAAUUGAAAAAAAUAAACCUGUGUCGUUUAGCACUGUUUCCUCAAGUUAUAAGCACAACCCCAGUGCCAUAUGGGCUCAUUUAACGCCCAUUUUGAAAAUGAUUAAGGAAACAGAUCCUAAGAUAGAUACUCUUCAUUUUUUUUCUGAUGGUCCUUCCACCCAAUAUAGACAAAAAAAUAAUUUUUAUUUAUUCAGUCAAAGGCUUUUCAAAUACGAUUUUAUGCGAGGUACAUGGUCCUUUUUUGAAUCUGGGCAUGGAAAAGGGGCAGCGGAUGGAAUCGGUGGAACCUUAAAGCGAAUAGCUGAUAGAAUUGUGGCAUGUGGAACAGAUAUAACGGAUGUACACCAGUUUAUUCAUUGUGUGCGCAAAUCCACUGAGAUAAAGUUGUUCUGCGUCACUGAAGAAGAAAUUGAAGCAAUUUCUAAAACACUUCCAGAAAAGAUUCCUAUGCUGAAAGGAACAAGAUCCUUACACCAGCUAAUUGUAGAAAAAAAGGGUGGAUAUCUCCGUUAUAGAGAUAUUAGCUGUUUUUGCGGAGUACUAAGUCAACGGGGAUUUUGUCAUUGCUAUGGCACAAAAGAUUUUAUAACUACAGCCUAUCCAGAAAUAAAACAGGACCAGAAAACUUUUAGCUCAGUAACACAAAAACAUUUUCCUUAUAAUAAUAAGAAACUUAAUGUUUUUGACAUUUAUUCAUCAAGCAGCAAUGAUUCUAUUCUUACUGAUGAGGAUAAUUUAUAUUCGUUAAAAGAAUCCAAUCUAAAACAUCAAACACGAGAACCCAAUUGCAAAAAUAUUACGGCGGGCACAUAUCUACUCAUUCAAAUAUUGGGAGGAAAAAAGAAUAAAUCUAAAUAUAAAUAUGUUGGAAUAGCACAAGGUGAUGUAGAAGAUGAUGGUGAUAUUAAGGUUAUGUUUUUAAAAACAAUAGAUGACAGUGGUAAAAACUUUCAAGUGAAAGAGAAUGGUGCAUCUUACAUUCAGUUUGAUUCUGUAUUAGGUAUUCUGAAAAAUCCUAAUUUAAAAAUGAAAGGAAAUAGAAUUUUCUAUCAAUUUGAUGACCCAGUUGAUGUUUAUGAAAAAUAAAAUCUAUCAUAAGACGUUUUAAAUUGUUUACUUCUUGGUGCUAAAUAUGUAUGUCCACUUUGUUACUUUAGUGUCCCCUGUGUUACCAUAUGUCCCCUGUGUUACUGACAUGUAUGUUUACGUCAAAAAAAAGGAAAACACUUUCAAUAAAAGGAUAACAAGAAAUAUUUAAUGUCUAAUAGGUAUCUGUAAUGAAUUCUGUAAAUGUCUCAAAUCAAUGUAUUUUUAAUGAAAUUAUGCUAACUUUUACGUUGUAAAAAUAUUAAAAUGGUGACACAGGGGACAUAAUUUGCUUAUUUAAUGACAGAUAUACAUGUAUAAAUAAAAAAACUUCAUCUGUAGAAAAGAACAUUCGCCUCUAAGUUUAACCAAUGCAAAAUUGCUUAUUUAUUUUUCUAUUUAAAUAUGGGAUGAUAGUUUAAAUUUUGGUAACACAGGAGACAUUUUUCAGUUUAUAUGUUUAAGUUUUAAAGUAUAGUGAUUAAUAAUUUUUU